AUGAUGAUGAUGGAGCCAGAUAUGAAGUCUCCUAUAUUGCAUCAGCCAUUGUCAGCGCAGCUGCCAGCUGUGUCUGGGUCACAAGUUCAUCAGACCCAUCACUCCUUGCACCAGCAGCAAACGUCUCCACGACCAGGGUCCGGCGGGCACCCGGAGUUGACCCAGAUCAACCACAGCCAAGGUGGCAACUCUAACAGCGGCAGCCCGACCAAUAACAACUCAGCGAAUUCUAAAAACAACAUGGAUCCCAGUCGGGUGAAGCGACCAAUGAACGCCUUUAUGGUGUGGUCACGUGGACAACGAAGGAAGAUGGCGCAGGAGAAUCCUAAGAUGCAUAAUUCUGAAAUAAGCAAGAGGCUCGGAGCAGAAUGGAAGCUGCUUAGCGAGGGCGAGAAACGACCUUUCAUCGACGAGGCUAAACGACUUCGGGCAAUUCACAUGAAAGAGCAUCCAGACUACAAAUACAGACCACGCAGGAAGACGAAGACUCUGAUGAAGAAGGACAAGUACGCUCUUCCAGGCAUGCCAAAUCCAGCCAUGGGCCAAGUGGGAAGAGACCCCACUGGGAUGUACCCAGGCCACAUCAAUUCUUACAUGUCAAACGGUUACGCGCACAUGAUGGGGGAUAAUAGCCCAUACCAGCAGAUGGCUGGACAUCUACAGGGGUUAUCGCCCGCCCAGUACUACCAAAAUUUCUCCUCUCAGUCUAUGCAAAGUCCCAUCAACUCUGGAAACUACAUGAACGGAGCCAAUAACUACAACAUGAACAUGGCUCAGAUGGCUCCAUACGCCUCCCACAAUAUGUCUCCGACUCCGCAGAGUCACCCCAGCACACCAGGUAUCAAACGAGAAACCCACACACCCACACAAGUAGGUCAAGUUGGCGGUUUGGCAGCACACAACAUUCCCAGCAAGUCCCCAUACCCUGCAGCUUCCGCCACCCAGAGCGGAAAUGAGAUCCGCGAGUUCAUAUCCAUGUACCUCCCCGGACAGUCGGACCACUUAAUGAGCAACGACCAACAGUCUGCCUUCCUCAACGCCCAGCAUAGACUUCAGCAAAUGCAGCAGCAUUAUGCCAUGAACGGCCACCACAUCCCGUCGUCUCCGGACAACAACACGGUACCUCUGUCUCAUAUGUAA